UCCGGGACUCUUGGGUUCUUUUUCUGUCCGCGUCAGAUGCUACUUCUUGGCUCUUGGGCAAGUCGCUUUACCCCUCUUUAGGUGGAGAUGAUGCUUCCCUGCUCAGCGCUCAGCAAGUGACCCCAAGGGGCCUGAUGUUUGUAAAUUGCAGUGAGAUUCUUGGCUGGAUGGUGCUACAGCAAAGCUAGUGUGUAGAACCCUGCAGCACUUGUUAUUUUCUGCUACAAUACUGCUGUGUUUGCUCAUAAUAAGUACUGUGAGGACAGGUCUUUGGGGUCUAUUAUGUCCUAUAAUGGAGGGGCUGUAAUGGCUAUGAAGGGAAAAAACUGUGUGGCCAUUGCAUCGGACAGACGGUUUGGAAUUCAGGCUCAGAUGGUGACCACAGACUUUCAGAAGAUUUUCCCUAUGGGAGAUAGACUAUAUAUCGGACUGGCUGGGCUUGCCACAGAUGUGCAGACAGUUGCCCAGCGGCUGAAGUUCAGGUUGAAUCUCUAUGAACUGAAGGAAGGCAGACAGAUCAAGCCCCAAACUCUCAUGAGUAUGGUGGCCAACCUACUCUAUGAGAAACGGUUUGGACCCUAUUACACAGAGCCAGUUAUUGCUGGACUGGACCCCAUAACUUAUGAACCUUUCAUCUGCUCUUUGGACCUGAUUGGUUGUCCCAUGAUAACAGAUGACUUUGUUGUCAGUGGCACCUGCUCAGAGCAGAUGUAUGGCAUGUGUGAGUCUCUUUGGGAGCCUGACAUGGAGCCAAACCACCUCUUUGAAACGAUCUCACAGGCUAUGCUGAAUGCAGUGGACAGAGAUGCUGUGUCUGGCAUGGGUGUGGUAGUGCAUAUAAUGUUUCAAAGAAUAUGUAGGUACACAUCAGCGGACCACUGCUGGCAGGAUACCAACAGUUAUCGGCUCCUGCAGAGCUGCAAAGAUAAGAUGUUUUAAUUACCUGACACUCAU